UAUCUUCAGAACUCCCUUUUCAGUUUAAACAAUCCCACAAUGUCUUCAAUUCCACCCUUUCCUUAAACCGCCACCGCCACCGCCACCGCCACUAGUACCGACAUUAUUGCCCUAAGUCCGACUGAAUCUAUUCUUACAUAUGGGCGAGCAAACCCAAACCCAGACCCAGGCCCAGACCCAGACCCAGACGCAUUUACAAGCCCAGACUCAGCCCCACCAUGACUCUACCGCCGCCGCCGCCGCCACAGCCACCACACCAGCGACGAUGGAGCUAACCAAUGGUUCUUCGCUAACCUCCUCUCCACCAUCCAAAAUCCCCUUCCGUCCCCGAAAGAUCCGCAAGCUCUCACCCGACCCGAAAUCCUCUCAAAUCGUCGUCGCGGAGACCCAAACAACCCCCAAACCCUUGGCAACCAUCAAAUCAACAAAAUCCAAAGCCGCCCACCACCAACGAGCCGUGCCGGCUGCGCCGAGAAUCGUGGCCCGGUCGCUCUCGUGCGAAGGGGAGGUGGAAAUCGCGCUCCGCCACCUCCGCAGCGCCGAUCCGCUCCUCGCUCCCCUGAUCGACCUCCACCAUGCGCCGACCUUCGACACGUUCCAGACCCCAUUCCUGGCCCUGACCCGAAGCAUUCUCUACCAGCAACUCGCCUACAAGGCCGGCACGUCCAUCUACACGCGUUUCAUCUCGCUCUGUGGCGGCGAGGCCGGGGUCCUCCCUGAGACUGUGCUGGCCCUAACCCCUCAGCAGCUUCGCCAAAUCGGCGUCUCCGGCCGAAAAGCCAGCUACCUCCACGACCUCGCGAGGAAGUACCAAAACGGGAUUCUAUCGGACUCGGCGAUUGUAAAUAUGGACGACAAGUCGCUCUUCACGAUGCUCACGAUGGUCAAUGGGAUUGGCUCGUGGUCCGUGCACAUGUUCAUGAUCUUCUCGCUGCACAGACCGGACGUGCUUCCUAUUAACGAUCUCAAUGUUCGUAAAGGUGUUCAGCUCCUCUACAGUCUCGAGGAGUUGCCUCGGCCGUCCCAGAUGGACCAGCUGUGCGAGAAGUGGCGGCCAUACCGGUCCGUGGCAUCAUGGUACAUGUGGAGGCUUGCGGAAGCAAAGGGGGCGCCUUCGAGCGCUGCGGCAGUGGCGGCCGGUGUAAGCUUGCCGCAGCACCAGCAGGAGGAGCAGCACCAGCACCAGCACACGCAGCAGCCGCAGCUUCUGGAUCCAAUUAAUAGCAUUCUCAAUCUUGGCGCCUGUGCUUGGGGACAAUGAUUUAGUUUGGAAAGGAGAAGUUCGACUGUCAUUCAUCUGUGUCCAUAAAUCAGGGCAUGUACUUCAAAGCAAUGCAAGAAUGGUACUCUCUGGUGCUGACAGCUCAGGCGGUAAAAGCCUUUGGAGAUCAGUGUGUCGAUUUUUAUUCAGUAGAUCAGGUUUGAGAUUAAAUAAAGAUGGUGUGUGCUAGAGUUUUGUUAUCUACGUUAAAUGACACCAAUUUUAAGUUGUCAACAGGUCUCUUAUAGGAGGACUUAAUAGAAUGCAGUGCGGCAAGAACCAUUGAAGGUGGUCUGCCACACUUGAUGAA